CUCAUAUAUUGAUAGCAUGUCCAGGAAGAUUGAUAGAUUUAGUAGAAUCAGGUAGUACAACAUUAAAAGGAAUAACAUUUUUAGUAUUAGAUGAAGCAGAUAGAAUGUUAGAUAUGGGAUUUGAACCAUCAAUUAGAAAAAUAGUAGCUUAAACUAGAAGUGAAAGAUAAACAAUGUUAUUUUCAGCAACAUGGCCAAAAGAAGUAUAAUCAUUAGCUUUAGAUUUUUGUACUUAAUAACCAAUUCAUAUACAAAUAGGAAGUUUAGAUUUAACAAGCAAUAGAUAAAUAUAAUAAAAAGUAGUCAUAUUAACAAAGGAUUAAAAAGAAAAUAAAUUAAGAGAAAUUCUAUAAUAAUUAGGAACUAAAAAGAUUAUUAUAUUUUGUUAAACCAAGAUUAAAUGUGAUUAAUUGCAACUUUAUUUGAUUUAAGAUGGAUUAAGAUGUAAAUCAUUACAUGGAGAUAAAAGAUAGUCAGAAAGAGAUUUUGUUAUGAAUAGUUUUAAACGAGGAGAUACAACAGUAUUAGUAGCAACUGAUGUAGCAUCUCGAGGUUUAGAUAUUAAAGAUAUCGAAUUUGUAAUUAAUUUUGAUAUGCCAAGAUUGAUAGAAGAUUAUGUUCAUAGAAUUGGAAGAACUGGUAUAAUAUAAUAUAUAAUAUAUAUUUUAGGUAGAGCAGGUGCUUAAGGUGUAUCAAUAUCAUUAUUUGAUUCUUAUGAAGAUGCUAAAUUAGCAGGUGAUUUAGUUGGAGUACUUAGAGAAUCAUAAAAUGAAAUACCUAAUGAAUUAUCUCAUCUUGCAAAUGUAACUAAUUCAGGAUAUUUAAAUUAUCGUAAAUGGAAUGCUCCCUCUGGAAAAAUUCAAUAUUGCAGUUGA